GGUCCGUCAGUUCAGUCUUCAGUCCAGUCCAGAGCGCUCAGUGUCUUUUUUGCAUCACAAUUUAUUCUUCAAUAUUAUUUUUGCAAUUUUCAACAUUUUCCAUUCUUGAGUUUUGAAAAUGAAUUUCAUACAGACGAAUAAUCACGUUCUUUACAUAUGGAGCGGAACUAUCAGCGCCGACAUUGAACAGGAAGUGAAUCAACUGAAAACCAUUCCAAACGUUCAGGUGAACGUGGAGAAUGCCGAUCGUGUCCUGCUAGCUGGUUAUGGCCAAUCACAGUUCGAUGUGGUGCUGGCAAACGUUUACUCGGCAAAUGCCGAACUGGCUUCCCAUUUACUUAAGCUGGUGAAACCGAAAGGAAAAGUAGUGUUCAAGGAUGACUCAGCUAAUGCCGAUACUACUCGUUCGAACCUGCUAUUGUCUGGCUUUAUCAACAUAACAUCAGAGAAUGGAAAUGUGAUCGGAGAAAAACCUAACUAUGAGGUGGGAUCAGCGGCAAAGCUCUCGUUGGGAGGUAACAAAGCAAAAGUAGCAGCCGUUUGGAAACUCGAUGUCGAUGAUGAGGAGGAUGAACGCAUCGAUGCCGACGAAUUACUAGACGAGGAAGACAAAAUUAAACCAACGGCAGAAUCAUUGAGAGUAUGCGGAACGACCGGUAAGCGCAAAGCUUGCAAGGACUGCUCUUGUGGCCUGGCUGAAGAGCUAAAUGCUGAAUCGAAGGGAGCUACCGUGCAGACAAGUGAAGCCAAAUCCUCAUGUGGAAGCUGCUACCUAGGAGAUGCGUUCCGUUGCGCUACCUGUCCGUACCUUGGCAUGCCGGCUUUCAAACCAGGAGAGAAAAUUUUGCUGACGGAUACCCAAAUGCGUGCAGAUAUUUAAUGGAAUUUUCAGGUAUUUUGAUAAUAACUACGCUUCGAAGAAUGAUUUUGAUAAACACUUGAGUUUAAUACCUUAUCAAUGUAGCGUUGAUAGAACUGA